AUGUUGGGCACGCUCAUCUCGAUCGUCAAGACGUUGCUACGCGCGGUCUUCCGCGGGGGGAGCUGCGUCGACGGGUGCGGGACCGCGGCGCAGCCAGUGCCGCGGCGAGGCCUCCGGCUGUUUGCGGCGGGCGGGUUGCUGCUCGCUGCGAUGGCGAAAAACUCACCCUGCGCCGGCAACUCCAAAAAGUCGAAGGAGAUGAACGCCGCAGCCGCCCGUGCAGCAACCAACGCAUUUGACCUCGAGCUGAACGACGCGGCUCUGGCGGCUGCGGGCCUGGACGAGCAGUACGCGGGCCGGUACGGCUAUGACGAUAUGAGGGCGGGCGUGGGCCCGGCCGACUGA